UUAUAGUUCCUGAAUAUUUAGAAGAUGAGUACCUUCGAAUGACAACCGAAUUUGCAAACAUACUGAAACGUUUCGUUAUCCAGAUUUUUAAAGAAAGGGAGAAUUUGAAAGGUGUCAAAAUGUCUUUGGUUGGCAUCAGGCCAUCAAGGAGGAAGGAAAUAGUUGAAAUAGAUGAUGAAACUGAGCUAAUACAAGUCCUUCGAAAUUACUGUUCUUUGAGAAAAUUUCCAAUUCUAACUAGUUUAGCAAGGGAUAUGAAGAUGACUGAUAUUACAGAGGAGUUGAAUCAGUUUGAAAAGAAACGGAAAGAAUUUUACAGUGACAUAUUAGCAAAGGAUUUUGCAAAGAGUGCCAUUGAAUAUUGUGGUACAACUGGUAGUAGAGAGGUGACAUUUGAAGUAACAUGGUCCAUUGACAAAGCAACACUUGAUGAUUUAGAGCAAUUUCUAGCUGCUGCCUUUCGGAGUCAUGAUAUCAAUAUGCUUAUUCACUUGAAGGCUGUCCGUAAUAGUCGACUGAAAUUUGUUUGUGUCAUACCACAUUGGCUAGUUGAUGAGAUGAAAGAUUAUGUCAUGAAAAAUGGAGACCUUUUUAAGUCUAAGGAAGUAGUUGAAAUUACUGUUGAUGGAACUAUUGUAUUCAGUGUGAAACAUUUAUUGGAGCCUCAUCAAUUAGAAAAUGAAGAAAAGGAGAAAGAGUCACUGCAAAGUGACGAUGAAGCAAAAGAA